CUCCCUUUAAUAGAAAAUUAUUAACGGUGGUGGAACUAACUCGAUGUUGUUAUUGUGUCGUGCUCUGCGUUCUUUUGUAAAUAAUUGUAGUUUUGAUUUACAAACACUGUUGAGAAGAAGCACAUCCGUUAUGGCAAACGUAGAGGAAUUCUGUGUGUGUUUUCCGGAUAAAACUGUUUGGUUUUCAAAAACAAACGACAAGGAAGACAUUGGACAACAGAAAUAUAACGAAAUAACCCAGUCAAAGCUACGGGAAAAACUGAAUACUUGUUUUGUGGAAAAUGAUAUGGAACUUAUUUUGAUUGAAAGUGAUUCGGAAAAUCUCGGUGAUUCGGAAAACGAAAGUUACGUCAGGUCGUGUCUAGAUCUUCACCCCCUGUUCAGAUCCAGCAAAAGUAAUCCUAGGUUUUGUUUUGGGUUGACCAAGGCGCGCGCAGAUCAAAGAAGCGUUUUGUCUGGGGGUCAUCUCAGGAGACUGUUAUGUUGCGCCUUUUCAGGUGAUGAACAUUUGAGCAAGUUAACAAGUACUCGAAAUGAGGAAAAACGACGAAUGUAUCAUAUAGACACAACAAAUUCCAAAAAUGAAAUCUGUUUAACUUUGCAGAAUUCCCAAAUCGAAACAGAAAAUGUGAGAACAUUUUGGAAGUUGCAAAACAUAGGUCAAAAUGGUCCUGUUUCUCCAAUAUUUGAAGACAGAAAUAUAAGCCCAGUUUUUCAUGAUAUAGAUAGGAGCUUAGAGAUUUUGAAUAUGGUUGGUUAUAUGGAAGCGGUACAAGAAUUAUUAAAGAUAUACAAUAAUUUUGAAUGUGCAAGGGAAACAACUGCAGAUCUAGAAUUGAAAUUUCCAUUUGUUGUUGUUGAAGGCCUUGAUGGUGCAGGAAAAACGACCCUAACUGGAAUCUUACAGAAGAAACUUGGAGCAGUACUUUACUGUACACCUCCACCCAUUAUAGGACAUCUUAGAAAACAUUUUACCAGUUUACCAGAGAUAAUAGCCAGAGCAUAUUAUCAAGUAGGAAAUUGUAUAGUAGCCAGACAAAUUCUAGAAGAAUGCCAGUCUAAAGCAGUUAUAAUGGAUAGGUACUGGCACAGUACAGCAGCUUAUGGAAUAGCUAAUGAAACCAGCCUAACAGACAUGCCACCUGCAGGUCAUUGUACAUAUAACUGGCCACCAUCACUUCUAAAACCUAACAUUGUCUUAUUUCUAUCUGUUACCGAGGAAACCAGACAAAAACGAAUGACCAAUCGUCAUGGAGAAAUGACAUUCGAGGAAAAAGUAUUAGAUAGUGACAUUGUUUUCAGAAAAAGACUUUAUGAAGCUUAUAAAAGAUUUGUGGAUCCUGCGUGUCUAGAAAUAGAUGCUAAUGGUAGUGUUGAUAGUGUGGUAGAGAAAACAUUGAUAGCUCUUAAAGAGCAUGGUAUAUAAAGUUGCAAUAAUAAUUGAAA